AUGUUUGUUGGACUAACACAAUUAUAUCAAGCUGGAAGGGCGGUUGCAUAUGAAAUGAGUCAGGAGAAAAAGUUGACCAUUGAAACAAAUUCCAAUCUAGAAGCAUUAUGAUGUAAAGGAUCUACUUCAACAAUGUCGUCAACAAACCGCAAAUGCGUUGUAAAAGUUAGCAAACAUGAAAGAAAAGAUCGGGAUUCCGCAAAAUAUUGGCAAGAUGUCUUUCAAAAACUAGAAGCUAAAGCCCAAAUUCCUUUAGUAGAACGAAAUGAAGAAGUGGUCAAAUGCAUUCCUUACAAGCUUUACGAACGAAUAGCUCCCUUACUAGGAUUAGAUACAAAAGCUGGAUUUUCAGAGUACCAAAAAUUACAUGAAUCGAGAAUCGAAGCAGCCGUGGAGCAAAUAAAAACACAAGAAGAAACUCAAGAUGAAGAGAAUUUGGAUGAAGAUUAUGAGGAUAUGUUUUUCCUUGACAAAGAUAAAGAUAACGAUGAAACCGUAGGUAUAAAAAUAGAUGACGACGAUGAUGAACCCGUAUGCGAUCUGGACAUACUAGUAAAACCUCCGAUUCAUAGAGAUGCUUUAAAACCUAAACCAGAGGUGGUUAGCCCAUAUUAUUCGUUCACUAGGAAAAAAGGCAAGAGGGCGGUUAAUUGGAAUUCCAAAUAUAUGCCAAAAAAUAAGUUGGAGGAAUGGGAAAAAACUUUACAUCAGCGAGCCACAGAAAAAACAGAGUCCAUAGUACGCGAUUUUUGUGAAUGGUUACGAGGUUUAGGUGGUCAAGAAUCAGUAUUGACUGAAACAGCCCUUAAUGAAUUAUUCGAGAUCGGACGAGUGGAUGAUGCGGCGCAGGCGUUAAUGGUUCGAGUCAGAGAACUGUAUACAGUCACACCAGAAGUAGCAGCAGCAGCAGGGUUACCGGAAAGAGCUACCAGGCCAACGUUACAUCGACAGGUAAUGCGAGAUGCAAUUGAAAGUAUGAAACCACCCAGACAUUUUGCUUUCGGUACUACAUUGCCAAGAGAUAUGAUGAGACAUCGCGUAGUUGCUGAUACGUCGCAAUGGAUGACGUGCAAGCAUGUUCCAAAAGGUUUGGCAAGUAUGCGUUUGGUAUGGGAAGGUAUUACCGCAAUUCGCUCAACUCGAGCUUAUUGCACUUGGCUUCGUGAUCAUCCAGAAAUAGAGCCUCCAGAAUACUUAAAACGUGUUGGAAUGAUGGAUUCUGAUUAUGGAGUUUCUAGAGGUCAACCACGUGUGUCGAUGAUACCUGAAUGGGAAGAACCUGAAGUCCCGGAGGAAGUAAAAAAACCUACUGAAAUGGAGUCUAAAGAAGAAAAUAAAGAAGAAGAAGUGGAAAACAUUGAAAAUGCAGAAGAUGAAGCAGAUAGAUUAACUGGUGUUGGAAUAUAAAAUUAUACAGUAUAAAUGCAAGUAUAUAUUUAAAUAAAUUAUGAGCUCAGUUUAACUCAAUAAGUUUGUUAGAAAAGUAUUGUCUUUACAGUUGAAAUUAAAUCUUCAAAAUAUAAAAUAUUAGUCACAGUUUUGAAAAAAUCAAU